UGGCAGAACCGGGAAGCGCUCAGUCGCACGGUAAUUGUCGUCCUCGCAAGAAGAGCGAGCGAGCGAGUUUAGAAAUUUAGAGUCUGUUUGUCUAGUUUUUUUUUUGUGUGCCCCCCAAAAUGUCCGACCACCGAACCUGCCCGAUGGCGAAUGGCCACAACGGGACAUCGUCCACCAACGGAGGCGUAGACUCGCGGGAGCAGUUUUUGGCCGGCUUCAAGCGGCCCGAUCUGGCCUCCCGGUGCACCUGGGCCGUCGGAACGGAAGAGGCCAGCCCCCACCAGCACCGGCCACUGGUUCCCCGACCGAAGGUACUCCAAACGAUCCUGCAAGCCGUCGGAAAUACGCCGCUGGUCAAGCUGAACAGCAUCCCCAAGGCGGCUAACCUGAAAUGCAACCUGUAUGCCAAGUGCGAGUUCAUGAGUCCGGGCGGUUCGGUCAAGGAUCGCAUCGGACUGCGCAUGAUCGAGGAAGCGGAGAAGAAGGGUCUGCUGAAGCCGGGCUACACGAUCAUCGAGCCAACGUCCGGCAACACCGGAAUCGGGCUGGCCAUGGGUGCCGCCGUCAAGGGCUAUCGGUGCCUGAUCGUCAUGCCGGAGAAAAUGUCCAACGAGAAGGUCGACACGCUGAAGGCCCUCGGAGCCGAGGUGAUCCGUACCCCAACGGAGGCGGCCUUCGACUCGCCGGAAGGACUGAUCGCCGUUGCACAGCGGCUCGAGAAGGAGAUCCCCAACUCGAUCGUGCUCAACCAGUACACCAACGCCGGAAACCCGUUGGCACAUUACGACGGAACUGGAGCGGAGAUCGUCGACCAGCUCGAAGGUCAGGUUGACAUGGUGGUCGUGGGUGCUGGCACUGGUGGUACCGUAGCCGGUAUUGGUCGCAAGAUCAAGGAAACCAACCCGGACUGCGUCAUCGUGGGAGCUGAUCCCGAGGGUUCGAUCCUCGCCCUACCGGACAAACUCAACGAAUCAAGCGUCUCCUUUUACGAAGUGGAGGGCGUCGGCUAUGACUUUAUACCGACGGUACUCGAUCGCAGCGUGGUUGAUCGCUGGAUCAAGUUCAACGACAAGGACGCCCUGCCCAUGGCCAGACGACUCAUCGCCGAGGAGGGAUUCCUUUGCGGCGGAAGCAGCGGUGGUAACGUGGCGGUCGCCCUCGAAGCGGCCAAAGAGCUGAAAGAGGGUCAAAACUGUGUCGUGAUCCUGCCGGACAACAUUCGCAACUACUUGACCAAGUUUGUCUCGGACAACUGGAUGGAGGCUCGCAACUUCAAACCUUCCGUCAACGUUCACAAACACAAGUGGUGGAACAACAGCCUCAUCACCCUGGACCUGACCCCGCCCCCAACCGUCGGAGUUGACGUGUGCCUCCAGGAGGUGAUCAACAUCAUGCAAACGGCGCACGUCGAUCACCUGCCCGUGCUCGACGGCACCACGGUCAAGGGCAUGGUGUCGCUGCCGAAUCUGACGAGCAAACUGCUGAACCGACUGGCCAAACCCUCGGAUCCCGUCUCGCGGGCCAUCUUCAAGCAGUUUGUGCGGGUGGACCAGAACGAUAACGUCGGCCACGUGUCACGGAUUCUCGAAAAGGACGCCUUUGUGCUGGUCGUGAAAAAUGAGAAAACCUCGGACUCCCAGCUGAAGGAAACGGUCGUUGGAGUGCUGACCCAGCGGGAUUUGCUGUUCUACAUUUCCAACGCCCAGAAUGUAAUCAACGGUGAUGGAAACGGUGCAUGAUCAACAAAAUGUUAAACUUUAAGUGACUACAGUUAAGCCUACUUUGAAAUUGUAACGAAACGUGCAUUUAUACGAUAUUGUUUUGUCACAUAAAAGACAAAUUUAAAAAUCA